CCGUGUCCUGUCAGACAGUCAGUCGAAAACCAAACUCUGCACGUCUCUCUCUCUCAUUCUCUCGCUCUCUCACAUCUAACUCAGACGGAGAGAAGAACUCCAUUUUUUUUUUGAAAUUAUUGUGUUGUGUGUGUUUGAAUAAGUCCAUUUACAUUAAAAGCCCAGUUUAUUUUUCUUUUUUUGUUCAAGACUUUUAAGCAUUUUCUAGUCGGCAGUGUUUUGGAUGACGUAAGCAAAAAAAAAAAGGAGAGAGAGACAAGAAACGUUCAUUUUUUUUUUUUUGAAUUGCCCGCCUUUUCAAUUACCGGACGUCUUGAUUUCAAUUCACAAUCAUAAACGUUUUUUUUUUUUUUUUUGAGAGAUCUUAGCGAAGUGUCGUCUUCAGAAGUGAAUGUAGUUUUGAUCUUGGCUUCUCCAAUCAUCGAUCAAAAGAUGAUGAGAGGAACAACAGGAAUAGACGCCGACGUUGCCUCAGACAGGCGUCGUGGCUCUUUGCUGGCUUUAAUGCUGGGCAUGGCCGUCGCCAUCGUGGCGACUGGCAACAACUUGCCGACCGUCUCAGCCGCCGUCCAGACGACCGUCAAAAACGCUCAACAACAGCAGCAACAACUACGCGUCAAGCCACAACCAUCGCCGUCUGCCGCGUCGUCCGGUCUUCCGGUUCCGGAUCUCCUAGAGUCACCCGACGCCAAGUACGACCCCAAACCCAAGGACAUUGACGCCGCCGCCCUGCGACUCCGACUCAAAGAUCAUUUUGACGGUCGAUUUAUGUCGAUCGGGCAGCCCAAAGAGGCGAUUCUCUACCCGAACGGCACGGCCGAAUACCCGGUUCGCUACAACAACAAUCUGUCGCCGUCGAGGAAGAGCAACGUUCCAGCCAGGUCCAAGUGGAAUUUGGGCUCGUUGCAGCUGCCGGACGGGACCCGGGUGCGGACGAGGCUGUCGCGCAAAGUGCGCAAGAAGUUGGAGAAGUUCCUUUGGCUCUACACUCAAUGUCCGGUGAUUUACCGGUGGAAGGAUCUCGGAUCGCGCUACUGGCCCCGCUGGAUCAAACAAGGACGCUGUCACGCCAAUCAGUCGUGCUCUUUCCCGCCAGGCAUGAGCUGCCGCGCCUCCGAGGAACGCGAAGUCGUCAUUCUCCGUUGGCACUGUCAGUACUGGGACCCGCCUCGCUUCUGCAAAUGGAUCCCGCUACAUUAUCCCAUCGUCCGGCAAUGCACUUGCGGCUGUUCCGCCAGCGCCAAAUCCAUCAACUGAAUCUCUCUUUUUUUUUUAUUUAUUUUUUUUUUUUUAAGUUCAAAAAUAUUUGAAAUUAUUUUACAGCACCACCCCUCCGCACCCAAAAUGAAAACUCGGGUGAUUUAAUUAUUUUUUUUUAAAUAGAUUUUAUUUAGAUUAAUCUAAUGCCAACUAUAAUACUCAUUGCAAACAGCGCACCCCCCCCCCCCAAAGUAACAGUUGCAUUCCCACAUUAUUUUGAAAAAAAAAAAAAAAAAAAAAAACGGCCCGUAAAAAAUAAGAAUUAAACAAAAAAAUUUUAAUUAAUUGGCAUUCCACAUAAUUUCGACAUUUUCUUUUGCUGCCUGCUGAAACCCCGCCCCUCUGAAAAAAAAAAGAAUGAUUGAAGGAAAGGAAUGAACAAAAUAGAAGCCCGUCCAUUUAAAAAGAAAAUCACGGCUGACGUUUUGAUACGCACAAAAAAUCGAAGAAAAAAGUUUGAAAAAAACAAAAACAAAAAAAAAAUCUUUUUGAAAAAUUUUUUCCUUUUUCUAUCCCCCCCUUUAUGUAAUAUCUAUCGGCUGUCAAUCGAAAAACGCGCACAUAUUUCUAACCAGUAUUCCCAUCCCCUUUAUAUUAUUAUAACGAUGGCAUUCUUAAUGAAUCUCUUCAAUAAUGAUUCUAUUUUGAUGAAUUUGAUGACAAUAGUCGGCAAUAUUCCCCCCCAAUGUCUUUUUUGUAUGUUGUGUGUGUAGUUAUAUAUAUAUAUGAUAUACAUAUAUAAAAAAAAAGGGAGAGAUAAAAAAAAAACAGAAAAAAAGGGUUUCCCGAAUUUCAGCCCUCCCCCCUUUCUCUCCCGCUUCCUGUCCCGCAGUAUUAUUUUUUUGAUUUCUCAAUAGCAUGGAACGCACACGCUCUAACCUAUCAUUUUUUGAAAAACAACAUUUCGUGCUUUACUCGAGCUAUUUCUACAUUAACGAUUUUACAUUCUUCAGAAAAAAACAAAAGCCAUUUGAAAAAAAAAAAAGAUUCAAAUUGUACCGCAUUUAUCUCGCUGUAAAUAGCAAAGGAAGAGAAGAGGUAAAAACCGUGAGUCUUUUUAGACUGACGCCGCGUCGGAUGAUAUUUUGUAUUUCCCAGCCAUAGUCGUGUGUUUGUUUGCUCUCAUUUUGACAUCGGGGAGAGGGAGGGAAGGGAGGUUUGUUUGGUUUGGGCAUUUUUAAUUGGGAAAAAAGUGAAUCGUGUCGUCAAUU